AUGCCUGCCGUCCAAGAAUCUUACACCAUCACCAUCCCAAAUUCUCCUCCGCCGCCUCGCAGCCUGUCAACGUACUCGCAAUUCAUUCAUGACCACACCAAGCGACAGAUGGAGGCAUCCGGCGCUUCGUCCACCCGCUCAAGUACGAGUAGUGCUUCGUCGACGACCACAAACCUGACCAACGGCGACUACCCACAAGCAUACUAG